AUGGCGGCGGGCUCGGAUCUGCUGGACGAGGUCUUCUUCAACAGCGAGGUGGACGAGAAAGUGGUGAGCGACCUGGUGGGCUCGCUCGAGUCGCAGCUGGCGGCCAGCGCGGCCCACCACCACCACCUGGCGCCGCGCACGCCCGAGGUGCGGGCCGCGGCCGCCGGCGCGCUCGGAACCAUGUUGUGAGCGGCAGCCGGCCGAGCCGGGGCGCGGGCGGCCGCCCCCGCCGAGGGCGCGCCCGAGCGCGCGGACCGCCCCGCAGGUAGAGCGCGGCCGGGGGCGGGGGCGCGCGCCGCGCCCUCACCGCGCCGCCCCUUGUCCCGCAGGCCGCGCCGCCCGCCCGAAGCUGAGCCGCCGCCCGAGGCAGCGCGGGCCUGCGCCGCCCCGCCCGCGCCGCGGGGCCCGAGCCCGCGCCGCCCCGCCAAGCGCCGGCCCGCCGCGCUGGCCGCCGCGCCGCCGGGCCCGCCGGCCCGGCCCGGCAAGCCCGCCGGCCCCGGCGCCGCGCAAACUUUGAAUGGGAGCGCCGCGCUGCUGAACUCGCACCACGCCGCCGCACCUGCUGUCAGCCUGGUCAACAACGGGCCCGCGCCGCCGCCGCUGCCCAAGCCCGCCGCCCCCGGCACUGUCAUCCAGACGCCCCCCUUCCUGGCCGCCGCGCCCCCCGCGCCCGCCGCGCCCUCGCCCCCGCCGCCCCGCGCCGCCGCCCGCCGCCCGCCCCUGCGCCCUGCCGGCCGCCGGCCACCGCCGGACCCGGCCGCCGCCCCCGCCGCGCGCCGCCGCGCCAGAACGGGGGCAGCGCCGCGCGCCCCCGCCCGCCCGCCGCCGGGGCCCGCAGGGCAGCGGCCAGCCCGGCCCGGCGCGCCGCCGCGCCGCCCGCGCGGGGUCAAGGCCGAGUCGCCCAAGACCGUGGUGCAGGCGGCGCCCCCGCCGGCGCAGACCCUGGCGGCCGGCGGCCCGGCCAGCAGCGCGGCCGGCAUGAUCCUCGGGCCAACUAUGCAAGGGGCGCUGCCCGGCCCCGCCGUCCCGCCGCCCCGCCCGGACCCCGGGCUGCCCAAAGGCGCGGCGGGCGCCGCGACCCAGAGCCCCCGCACGCCCGCGGCCACCACCGGCGGGAUCCGAGCCAUGACGCCCACCGUGCUGGCCCCGCGCCUGCCGCAGCCGCCGCAGAACCCGACCAACAUCCAGAACUUCCAGCUGCCCCCAGGAAUGGUCCUCGUGCGGAGUGAGAAUGGGCAGUUGCUGAUGAUCCCCCAGCAAGCCCUGGCCCAGAUGCAAGCUCAGGCCCACGCCCAGGCCCAGCCUCAGACCACCAUGGCGCCCCGCCCCGCCACCCCCACAAGUGCCCCCCCUGUCCAGAUCUCCACCGUGCAGGCACCUGGGACACCCAUCAUUGCACGGCAGGUGACCCCAACUACCAUAAUCAAGCAAGUGUCUCAGGCUCAGACGACGGUGCCCCCCCCAACCACACUGCAACGCUCACCCGGGGUCCAGCCCCAGCUUGUUCUCGGUGGUGCUGCCCAGACGGCUUCACUCGGGACGGCGACGGCUGUUCAGACGGGGACACCUCAGCGGACGGUCCCAGGGGCGACCACCACCUCCACAGCUGCCACGGAAACUAUGGAAAAUGUGAAGAAAUGUAAAAACUUUCUAUCUACGUUGAUAAAACUGGCUUCGUCUGGGAAACAGUCCACGGAGACGGCAGCGAAUGUGAAAGAGCUCGUGCAGAACUUACUGGACGGGAAAAUGGAAGCGGAGGACUUCACCAGCAGGUUAUACCGGGAACUCAAUUCUUCGCCUCAGCCUUACCUCGUGCCUUUCCUGAAGAGGAGCUUACCCGCCUUGAGACAGCUGACGCCCGACUCAGCGGCCUUCAUCCAGCAGAGCCAGCAGCAGCCGCCACCCACCUCGCAGGCCACCACCGCGCUCACGGCCGUGGUGCUGAGUGGCUCGGUCCAGCGCACGGCCGGCAAGACGGCGGCCACCGUGACCAGCGCCCUCCAGCCUCCCGUGCUCAGCCUCGCCCAGCCCACGCAGGUGGGCGUCGGCAAGCAGGGGCAGCCCACACCGCUGGUGAUCCAGCAGCCUCCGAAGCCAGGAGCCCUGAUCCGGCCCCCGCAGGUGACGUUGACGCAGACGCCGAUGGUCGCCCUGCGGCAGCCUCACAGCCGGAUCAUGCUCACCACGCCCCCACAGAUCCAGCUGAACCCGCUGCAGCCAGUCCCCGUGGUGAAACCUGCCGUGCUGCCCGGAACCAAAGCCCUCUCUGCCGUCUCGGCGCAAGCAGCUGCUGCUCAGAAAAGCAAACUGAAGGAGCCCGGGGGAGGUUCGUUUCGGGACGAUGAUGACAUUAAUGAUGUUGCGUCAAUGGCUGGCGUAAACCUCUCAGAAGAAAGUGCAAGAAUAUUAGCCACAAACUCUGAAUUAGUGGGCACGUUAACACGGUCCUGUAAAGACGAAACCUUCCUCCUCCCAGCGCCUUUACAGAGAAGAAUAUUAGAAAUAGGUAAAAAACACGGCAUAACAGAGUUACACCCAGACGUAGUAAGUUAUGUGUCACACGCCACACAACAAAGGCUACAGAACCUUGUAGAGAAGAUAUCGGAGACAGCUCAGCAAAAGAACUUCUCUUACAAGGACGAUGACAGAUACGAGCAGGCGAGUGAUGUCCGGGCCCAGCUCAAAUUCUUCGAACAGCUUGAUCAAAUCGAGAAACAGAGGAAGGAUGAGCAGGAACGGGAGAUCCUGAUGCGGGCGGCCAAGUCUCGAUCCCGACAAGAAGACCCAGAACAGUUACGGUUGAAACAGAAGGCGAAAGAGAUGCAGCAGCAGGAACUGGCGCAGAUGAGACAGCGAGACGCCAACCUCACGGCGCUGGCAGCCAUCGGGCCCAGGAAAAAGAGGAAAGUGGAUGGUCCUGGACCGGGACCGGGCACGGAGGGGUCGGGCCCGGGCUCGGUGGUCCCCGGCGGCUCCGGCGUCGGAACCCCCCGGCAGUUCGCAAGGCAGCGCAUCACGCGGGUCAACCUCAGGGACCUCAUAUUCUGUUUAGAGAACGAGCGCGAGACAAGCCAUUCACUGCUGCUCUACAAAGCGUUCCUCAAGUGACGCGGGACGGCACGGCGCGUGCAGACGCCUGGGACGCUUUUAUAUGUUUGCAGAUUACGCCUUUUUGUAACAAGCAAAUGGGAUAUUGUUUAAAAAACAGCCACCUCUUUACAAUGGAACAGUUUUAUAUUCCUGUUUCUAAAUCAACUCUUCAGUAUGAAAGAAAAUACGUUUCUGUAACCGAGAGAACACAAAGGCCUGUGGAUACUCUUAAGGACAAUUAAAUCUUAACUCAUCUUUGAUUGAGUGGCCUUCUUGCCAAACAAGCCAUAUAUAAAGACUGAUGGAUCGUUUAGCAAAUAAUUAGCUGCCCUCUGUCAACGCGUAGCAGUUUCCACAUUGUCUGUGCAUCUCGUUUUAGUUCCGCCCAACUUUCCACGUAGGUGUCUGUCUGCCGUCGGCGACCUCAUUUCAUUUAUUUUAUUUUUGUGAAGUCAGUUGGCAAAGCAAACUGAUUUUUAGACUAUUUAUCUCCCCCGCCCCGCCCCAGUUCAGAGUCCUCGAGGAGCACGCGAGUCACCGCAGCGCCGUGGCCUGGGAGCAGCCACGCUCCCGCCCGGCCGGCCGCGCCGCGGCUCCCGGAGUGUGCGGUCGGCGCCUGUACAGACGCGUUUAUUUGCUGUAGUUUGUAAAGCUGUAAAGUUAAAGAGAUGAGAACCUUUUCAGCAUAAAUAUAUUUUACUUGCACUGUGUUUUUUAGCUAAAGUGAAAACUUAGAUUAAAUAAAAUCAAAGUUGAGAAGAAUCAUCAAAGACUGUUUCUCAGUGUGAAUCAAGUGUUGGAAAACGGUGUAUUUUGUCGGUGACUGUACAAACUCUGGCACAGGACGCAGAUGGCUAUGUAAACUAUAAUUAUUUUGCUAAGAGACUGUAUGCAAGCCCGCCAGCCCCGCCGGGCCCAGGGCAAAGCCCCUUCUUUGUACCUAUUUUUUUAUUACAAAUAUACUAAUUGGUUCUUUAUAUUUUCAGAGGUUAUUGUAUGAGAUUGUCUAUCAAUAGUACUUUUAUGACUGUAAAUACUCUGCUCUCUCCGUGUGAGUUCUCACCUAGACUUUGAUUCGCGCGUGCGAACUGAACGCUGAUCAGUAUUUUUAUCAACACCCAGGAACUGUUACACCUUUUAUUUUGUCUUUUAGGAAAUCCCCGUCUUUCCAUUUUUUCAUGUAAAUUUUGCACAGUUACUUGUUCAUAUGUAAAUAUUUUACUUUCAAAAAUGAAGUUUUUAAUUGCUAUUGUUUUAUAUAGGAUUGAAAGAAAAUUAACUCCUUUAUUAAAAACAAAUUUAUCUGUA